AUGGAUUCUAUACUUUUCUAUUCAAUACUGUCAUUGGUUCUCCUACUCCAGGUCAUUUUUGUGACCUAUUUGAUCUACUCAUUUGCUGCCCACUUACACGAAUUGGUGUGGCAAGAUCUGUGUAGACGUCAGUUCGCGCUGAACACAAUCUACUUCCACGAAAUGCAAAUGAGCCGUUUUUGGGCGAAUCCGGAGAAUUGA